AUGCACGAGAGACCUUCGGGAAGAAGAUUUUUGGAGUUGUUUAUUCUCCCUGAUUCCUGUCCAUCGAAAAAACUUGAGGAGCUCCAACAGAAAAAGAAGGUAACUUGCUGGACAAAGGAACAAUUUUUAAUUUUGAAGUUUUUAAUUUUUUUAAACCUUUCCAAUUUAAUAAAAUUUAAUUUAAAUAUACCCAGUAUUCUACGUUUACAAUGUAUUUGA